UUAAUUCUUUUGGUUGUCCAGGUUUCGAAUCAGAGCUAUGGCUCUGCUUCCAGGAUUCCGCCAUUUCGUCACCCAUUUUUGCAGAACCACGCCGCCAAUGCCUUUUCUCUUAACCCAUUUCUAUACCCCUAUUUCCAGGCCAUCCUCUCUCUUCCAUAUACCCAACCCCUCCUGCCCUGUUCUCCCGAAAGCCCUGAUAAAGCCCCACGCUUCUGGGAAAAAAACUACAUUCUUUUUGUCUCGGGAUGAGCGAUUGGAGGAUUCGCAUGCCGGGAUUGAGCGUGAACAAAUUGAGAAUUCAAGCACAAUUGCAGCCAUCGUGACAUCCAUGGGGGGUCCUCCUGCUGCGGUGGGCAUUGUGCGUUUAUCAGGUCCUCGUGCUGUGAAGAUCGUUGGGAGUUUAUUUUGCCCUGCCGCGAAAAAGAAGGGGAAGAAUGUGAGCCAGCAGCAUCCAUGGAGACCCACCAGUCAUGUCGUGGAGUACGGUGUGGUAUUGGACCAACAGGGCGAUGUAAUUGACGAAGUUUUGACGGUGCCAAUGUUAGCCCCAAGAUCUUAUACUCGUGAAGAUGUGAUCGAGAUUCAGUGUCACGGAAGUGAAGUAUGUCUUCGUCGUGUGCUAAAAGCUUGUUUAGAAGCUGGAGCCCGGCUUGCAGAACCAGGUGAAUUUACCCUUCGUGCAUUCUUAAAUGGACGCUUAGACCUUUCACAAGCAGAAAAUGUUGGGAAAUUAAUUUCAGCCAAGUCUACGGCUGCUGCUGAUGCAGCGUUGGCUGGAAUUCAGGGUGGCUUCUCUUCCCUAGUCAAAUUGCUAAGAACACAAUGCAUCGAAUUACUCACUGAAAUCGAGGCCCGACUAGACUUCGAUGAUGAGAUGCCACCGUUGAAUUUGGAAACUAUAAUGGAAAAAGUGCAUGCCAUGGCACAGGAAGUAGAGACUGCUCUUGAGACAGCCAAUUAUGACAAGCUUCUUCAAUCUGGAAUACAGAUAGCAAUUGUUGGCCGUCCUAAUGUUGGGAAGUCGAGCCUUCUUAAUGCAUGGAGCAAAAGCGAGAGGGCAAUAGUUACAGAAAUUGCUGGAACUACCAGAGAUGUAAUUGAAGCGAAUGUUACCGUUUCUGGUAUUCCUGUGACUCUUCUUGAUACUGCUGGAAUUAGGGAAACAGAUGACAUUGUGGAAAAGAUAGGUGUCGAGAGAUCUGAAGCUGCCGCGCUUGGAGCUGAUGUCAUUAUUAUGACUAUAAGUGCCCUCGAUGGAUGGACUGCAGAAGAUACCGUACUUCUGGAUAGCAUACUUGCAAAAAAGAAAUCAGAUGGAUCAUCCACGCCUAUACUUCUUGUCAUAAACAAGAUAGACUGUGCUCCAUCUGCUGCAAACAUGGAUGCAAUUAGUAUAAACCGUGACUCUUUCAGUAAACAAGUUUUUACAUGCGCUGUCACUGGACAAGGAAUAGAGCAUCUGGAGAUGGCAAUAUCAGAGCUGAUGGGACUCAACAAUACUCUUGCAAGUGGACGUAGAUGGACGGUAAACCAGAGACAAUGCGAGCAGCUUCUUAGAACCAAGGAGGCACUUGGAAGAUUGAAAUCUUCCAUUGAAGAGGAGCUGCCUCUUGACUUUUGGACAGUGGAUUUGAGAGGUGCUGUAUUAGCUCUUGGGGAAAUUAGUGGUGAGGAUAUCUCUGAAGAGGUUUUGUCCAAUAUUUUUGGCAAGUUCUGUAUUGGUAAGUAGGAAGUAUCAGUGUAUGUAAUGUAUUAUUUGGUUCUGUAAAUGGAUUUCAUAUUAUUUUCCAUUUCUAGCCAUGGCUCCACUUGAGUCACUUUCAGGAUGCCAUCCCAUUUUGGUCGCAUCCCAUUUUGGUCGCUUCCAACAUUUGGAAGUUUUUUCCUUCCGACCUGUGAACAGAGUGUUUGUCAAAUGUCUUUUAAAUUCUCAUAGGUCCCUGAACUUUUUUAUUUUA